GAAGACGACAGCCGGCGAGUCGGCUCCGGGCAAAGGGCUUACGCCAAAUUAGUGCUAACGGAUGCGAGGCGCGGCCUCAGGGUAACCCCAAGUGCCAAGAGACUGUUGCCCCCAAAUGAUGUCUGCUUCGGGGGAAAGCGACCCUAGCGAGUGACAACACAACGAGCCCCAUUUUCUUGCGGCCAAAGCCACCCUCACCCCUACCCCCACCCACAACCCCAGCCCCCAGCCCCCAACGAUCGAAAGAAGCAGCGAGCGAAGACGACGAAUACGGUGACGCAACUGCGUCAAGCCAAGCGCUGCCCCAGGAAUUCGAACCUAUCUGCACGCAGGUACGUUGGCCGGAGAGGCGAGGGGGUAGAGAGGGGAAGAGGAGGAAGUGAAGGGGAGGCGAGGCGAGGGAAGGGAAGCAGUUGGUGCUUAGACGUUUUCUGAUUCUGUGCCAGUGCCACUUCCAGGGGGCCGGCCUCGUCUUUGGAUUGUUGGAUUGUUCCAUUUCAUGCGUGACAAGGUGGCAGAAUUGGAAUUCGUGGAGGAGGAGGGAGUGAUCGGGAGAGUGAUUAGGUGAGGGAGGGAGGGAGGGAGGGAUGACGGGGCGAGCGCUUUUGCAGCGCACGGUCGCUAGGGCUUUGUCGCAGGCAUGGCAAGCUCGAGCUGGCGCAGCAGCGCCGGGGGGAGAGAUUUCAAGCCUGGGCAGGAUUGCGCCCGUGUGGAGCUCGGUGCGGCACCAUUCCGGGGCAUCGGCAGCCGCGGCGGUGGAGGAUGACGAUACUCCGGCCGUGAUGAUGAAGGGAGUGAAGAUGCCCGGCCGACCUCUGUACCUGGAUAUGCAGGCGACGUCGCCCGUCGACCCCCGAGUUCUCGAUGCGAUGCUGCCCUUCUUCAUCGACCAGUAUGGAAAUCCCCACUCGCGCACGCACGUCUACGGGUGGGAGAGCGAGGACGCCGUCGAGCGAGCUCGCGAGCAGAUCGCCAAGCUCAUCGGCGCCAACUCGAAGGAGAUCAUCUUCACCUCGGGAGCCACCGAAGCCAACAACAUCGCUGUCAAGGGUGUCGCUCACUUCUACAAGGACAAGAAGAAGCAUGUCAUCACCACGCAGACGGAGCACAAGUGCGUGCUCGACUCCUGCCGUCACUUGCAGCAGGAAGGGUUCGAUGUGACCUACCUCCCGGUGAAGCAAGAUGGGCUCAUCGACCUCGAGGAGCUCAAGGCAGCCAUUCGACCCGAUACCUGCUUGGUGUCCGUCAUGUUCGUGAACAACGAGAUCGGCGUUAUCCAACCGAUCAAGGAAAUCGGAGAAAUCUGCCGCAAGCAUAAGAUCUUCUUCCACACCGAUGCCGCUCAAGCUGCAGGCAAGGUGCCCAUCGAUGUCGACGAGAUGAAGAUCGAUUUGAUGUCCAUCAGUGCGCACAAGAUUUACGGCCCCAAGGGAGUCGGGGCCAUCUACUUGCGGAGGAGACCUCGAGUUAGGGUUGAAGCGCAGAUGAGCGGGGGUGGCCAAGAGAGGGGCAUUCGAAGCGGAACCGUGGCGACUCCUCUGGCUGUGGGAAUGGGCGCUGCCUGCGAGGUUGCGAUGCAAGAGAUGGAGAACGACGAGAAGCACAUACUGGAAUUGCAGCAGCGGUUUCUGAAGGGCAUCUCGUCGCAGGUUCAGGGGCUCGUCAUAAACGGGAGCAUGGAACAUCGAUACGCCGGAAACCUCAACAUUUCCUUCUCGUACGUCGAGGGAGAGAGUCUGCUCAUGGGGUUGAAGGAAGUUGCGGUUUCCAGCGGCAGUGCGUGCACCAGCGCGAGUCUCGAGCCGUCGUAUGUCCUGAGGGCUUUGGGUGUGGAGGACGACAUGGCUCACACAUCGAUCAGGUUCGGAUUCGGGAGAUUCACCACGAAGGAGGAGAUCGACAGGGCCGUGGCACUGACUGUCACUCGAGUGCAGAAGUUGAGGCAAAUGAGCCCGCUUUGGGAGAUGGUGCAAGAGGGAAUUGAUUUGAAAAGCAUUCAGUGGUCACAGCAUUGACCUCGUCUGGUUGUGUAAUAUUAGCUUUUUGUUACAAGGUUCUAUCUCCUCCGUGACGAGGACAUGUAAUUAUUAGGGCCCAGUAGACGAGUGAUCCUUAUUUUCUCCUUACGAUAUAAACACAGGAAAAAUUGAGCUUCAAGUCAGCGAAUAUUACCGAUACUUGCGUAGUCUUCUCGGUGGACUGCGUAUCUCCAUUCUUCUUCUGUACAAGAGGCACCUUAAAUUUCAGGUGUUAUAAUCUGCAACUCUAAUUCAUCGUAACUGCAACGAGUUGUUCGCUUCAUGCUUCCGUUUUGGAGUCUUUUUUCUACACGCGAAAGAUCAAAAUAGAUUUAUGGAGAAGAAAAAGCAUCACACCCGAUAGAAUAGAGUGCCUACGAAUUUGUGAUGAAACUGGGAAUCGGUGCAUUUCACUCUGGACAGGACGCAAGCAGGAAGGCAGACCAACAGCUUGCUAGACCUGACCAUAUACUUCGUGCUGAAUAUGAAUGUUUAUCGUGGAAAGUGCCCAUUCUGUUACGCCAUGAUUAAAUGUCUCAUGAUUAUCGUUGUUCUCAGUCUUGUCGACAUCGUCAUGAAAGUCCUCCGUAUGCAUCACUCGCUCGUUCUAAGCUGAACGACAAGACUGUCGUUUGUCAACUCCAGAUCAUUGUGUUGCAAAGCUUAUGUCAGCUCCCCGUGUUUCGAGUCAGUCUGUUGGAUGAAGGGAAGUCAUGCUUCGCCCUCACCCUCGCAAGCGC